AUGCUUUUGGCAAGGAUAGAUAAUUUCUUGCGGCUGGAGGACUCCAACUCCAUGAAGAAUAGGGACAUUGUUCCAAUUCCCUUGGCCCGGCGCCGUUGGAACAUGAUGAGUUACCUUUCAUACUGGAGCAUCAUCUGCCUGUGCAUGAGCACCUGGACGGGGGCAGCAGCGUUGUAUGAUCUGGGGCUCAACGGCCCGCAGAGUCUGGGAGUGGUGAUUGUGGGGAAUGCCAUCAUUACGGCGAUAUCCAUCUGCAAUAGUCUAUACGGGUCGGAGUACCACAUCGGGUACUCGGUGUUUCAGCGGAUACUGUGGGGGACCAACGGCGCGUGGUUUGGCGUGCUGCUUCGUAGUCUGCUGUCCGUGGUGUGGUUUGCAGCGCAGGCAUGGAUGGGGGCUCUUUGUGUCAACGUGGUCCUAAGUACGUUCAGCAGCAGCUACCUGAACAUGAAAAACACCUUUCCGGACAGUGUGGGCUUCAGGCCCGAUGAGCUGAUCGGGUUUGUGAUCUUCCUUCUGCUGGAACUGCCGUUGCUUUUCAUCAAGCCCGAGUACUUUGAUCUGAUGCUGAUAGUGUCCUCUGUUGUUACACUCGUGGCCUCGUUCGCGCUAACGCUGUGGGUGUGCAUCAUGGUUGGGAACCAGGGCACUCUGAUGCGUGCGCCAAUCACGUUGUCCCGCAGUGAACAUGCCUGGGCAUGGAUCUUCGGCAUCAACACCUGGUACUCGGGCCUGGUCGCCGGCUUAGCCAACCAGUCUGACUAUUCUCGUUUCAACCGGCGGCCGAGCCACUCACACUGGGGGACUAUUCUGGGCAUCAACAUUGCAGGUAUCUUUGUCCCCUUGCUAGCGCUUUUCUGCACUAGUUCUUUUGCCUGGAAGUACGAGCAGACCGUUGUGACACCGGCAGACAUCUGUUUGCUGAUUAUGAAGGAAGACUACACACCUGGUGUGCGGGCUGCAUGCUUCUUCUUGGGCCUGUGCUUUGUCGUGUCCCAGCUUUCUGUCACAACGGUUGCAAACGCCAUCCCCGGCGGUAUGGACCUUUCCACUAUAUUUCCGAAGUAUAUUAACACGAGGAGAGGCGCCCUUAUUGUGUUCCUACUUGCUUGGCCUUCCCAGCCAUGGACCUACUAUUCUUCGGGCAAGGCAUUUUUGGAUGUGAUGAGCUCUUUCUCUGUCUUCAUCACACCGAUCAUAGCUAUGUCUGUGUGUGAAUAUUACGUUGUCCGCAACCGCGAGAUCAAGCUGUCAGAUUGUUACAUUCGCGGGCCGCAGAGUCUGUAUUGGUACUGUCGAGGAAUUAACUUUAAGUCUAUAUUCUGCUUCAUUGCUGGAUCUGCUCUAGGUGUUCCUGGAUUAAUUAAGACGGCGAACCCAAAGGCCAAAAUGAGCAAGGGAAUUUACGAUUUCUACAAGGGAGGCUUCAUUUUCCAGUUUCUGAUUACAUUUGCCAUGUACUGGAUUGCAAAUCUCAUAUUCCCUAGUCCUGUGGAUGGACGAGAUGAAGCAGACUAUUUCAAUACUUUCACAGAGGAGGAAAGAAAACGCUGGAAUAUUGCGGGUGCCGAUGAGAAAGAAGAAGCCGAAUUAGACGCUUCAUCAUAUUAG